AUGCUCAGCACAUUGUUCUUUGAUGAGGCUGAUGCCAGUAGCGCCCUUCAUGUGCGGGCGACACGUCAGCAGCAUGCUGGGGGCGAGGAGGAGGGCUCAGAGGUCUCUGGGUCUCUCUUGGCCACGUGUAAUGCAAUGAAAUGUUUCAACAGUGGCUCCGUUCCGGUCCCUUCCCUGCGGGCCACACUGCUUUGGUGGCUCGACCGCGAUGCACCCCUGGUGCAUCUCAUCUUUACUAGCAGUGUACCUGGUGAUGUGAGUUAUUCUUGCCGCAAAAUGUCGGUGGAGGUUCCCGCAACGCGUCAAACGAUCAUUGCGUGCGGACUUACUCACAUUCAGGAAGGAACUGUGUUUGCCGUCACCUGGGUGACCUCUCUGCUGGAGGUGGGGCUACUGCGACUUCAACUGCAGCGCAACAGUGACCAUCACAGUCAACUUCUUCUUGUCCCUGAUGGUAAGGCGGUACUGACCUCCCGACUUUUACGCGUCGCUGAUGCAUUUAAAAAUGAGACGGAAACUUUUUUGUUCACUAACAGUGAUGCUAACAAGGAUCUUGGGGAAUCCGUUGGUAUUGGGGUUUUUCUUUCAGCAUGCGUGGUGGCAAGUCUUCCUCAAGAGAAGGCAGCCAAUGGGGUGCUUUCCAUGAUUUUUCUCACCAAUGGCAUCAGCUUGUGGUGGGUUGAGGUGGGCGAGGACGGCGCCUUUGUCGAGGAGGAGUUUUGUAACCCAAGGGGUUGUAAUGGUGGUACUGCAGGGUCAUUACGAGCUGGUGGAGUUACUUCUUGGCUUCCCAGCUGGCCCUGGGAUGGGAAACGGGAAAGGGGCAAUGGUGUCUGGCCAUCAAUGCCGUGCACCAGACGCAUUACAUUCUACUCCUUCGUUGCAAUGGAUUGUUAG